AUGACGGACAAGCUCCCUCCCCAGCUCCUCGCCCUUUUUCAGCCACGACCACCCCUUCGCUAUAUUCCUCCCCAAGACUCAGCUCCGGAGGAGAAAGCUGUCUCAAAAUCCCAGCUCUCUGGCAUAGCCGCUUUCCUGCCGCAGCUCCAGGAAUUCAAGGACACCGAUGACUACACGCCGACCGAGUCUUGGCUUCAAAAGCGCGACAGAUUGCGACUAGAGAAGAAGCAUCGUCAGCUAGAGAUUCAAAAGGAGGAUUUUCCUCUGUACAAGCCAGCUGAUGACCCCAAGAUCAAGGGCGAUGCCGUAAAGACCUUGUUUGUUGGACGACUAAGUUAUGAUGCUAAAGAAUCAGACCUUGAGCGAGAGUUCGGCAGGUUUGGCCCGAUUGAAAGAAUCAGAAUAGUCAAAGACGAAACCCAACCUCAAAAAGGCAAAAAGGCGCACAGGGGAUACGCUUUUGUUGUCUACGAGCGCGAAAAGGACAUGAGAGCUGCCUACAAGGAAACAGAGGGCCUGCGCAUCAAAGAUCGAAGAGUCGUGGUUGACGUAGAACGAGGCCGCAUGGUACCUGGAUGGAGGCCAAGACGAUUUGGAGGUGGCUUAGGCGGCCGCGGGUACACUAGGCAAGCUCCUGCGAAGCCUAUAUUCGGCGCUCCUGGAUUUCAAGGCAACUUCCGAGGUGGCUUUGGCGGGCGUGGUGGUGGUUUCCGUGGUGGCUUCCGCGGCGACAGAGGCGGCUUUGGCGGACGUGGUGGCAUCGGCUACCAAGGAGGUGGCGGUUUUGGUGGUCGACAAGGUGGUUACCAAAGCGGGCCACCGCCUCCUAAUGCACCCAGCGGGCCCGGGGGAAGAGGUGGGUAUGGCGGCGGCGGUGCUGGUGGUGCUGGUGGUUACGAAGAUCGGAGAAAUGGUGGUUUCGGUGGAGGCCGGGACAAUCGCGGUGGAACAGGAAGUAACCGAGAUCCAAUUGGUGGCCGAGAUCGUGGGUAUGAGAAUCGCGACCGUGACAGAGACAGAGACCGAGACCGAGAUCGAGACCGCGACCGGGACCGAUAUGGUGGAGGUGGAGAUCGACGCAACGACGACUAUGGUUCUCGCAAGCGACAUCACGAGAGCGACGGGCAUGACGACCCCAGAAAGCGACGGUAUUGA